UUAUAUAACAGUCAGCCUCGUAUGUGAGGGAUCCGCAGUGAUGUCCUCUAAUCAGGGCUCGUCUCCGAUCCCUCAGUCCAGCGGCGGCACCAGCGAUGGGCUCUUCCGGAAGCCCAGGGACCCUUCGAUGGCCCCCAGACACUAUCGAACGGCGCGCUCCUUACCGGACGUCUGCCCUAAAGAGCCCACCGGCGAGGGUCGUGGUCUCUGUGACGGGCCGUCCGUUGUGGCCGACCAGCACCGCUGGACUGUGUAUAACUCUAAAGUGAACCUCCCCGCGGCCCUAAAUGACCCCAGGCUGACCAAGAGAGAGUCGGACUUCUUCACUAAGACGUGGGGCCUGGACUUCACCGAGACCGACGUCAUGCCUUCAUUCUACCUGCCCAACAUCAACCGAGAACACUUCAGCUCCUACCUGCAGGAGACGGCUCAGAGGGAGAAGAUUCACGAGCGCUGUAAGAACAUUUGCCUGAACAAAGACGAUCUGUCAGUGCCCACCAUCACGAAUAAUCACGAUAAAGCCAGAGCUGAACUGGAGCAGGUGCCCAAGAUGUUCAUGAAGCCUGAGUUUGUGUUGAAUGAUCCAGCCACGUUUAACGCUGUGUUGCCGUGGUCGCACUUCAGCGUAGCCGGGGGCAAGAACAGCAGAGAUGUUGCGUCGUCACGGUUACUACAGGAAAAGUUGAGUCACUAUCUGGAUGUGGUGGAGGUGAGCAUCGCUCGGCAGAUCUCUCUCCGCUCCGAGGCUUUUUUCCAUGCCAUGUCAUCGCAGCACGAGCUCCAGGACCGUCUGCGAGAAACGGCCGACGCUGUGGCCAAGCUCCGCGCGCGCACCGCCGCCAUCGACCGUGUGAUGUGCCGAGGGCCGCUCCGAGCACUGCGCAAUGCUCUGACCCGCAACAACUGCAUUAAGCUACACAACAAACUCAAGCUGAUGGCCGCCGUGCACCAGACGCAGCCCACGGUGCAGCUGCUCCUCUCCACCUCAGAGUUCGUGGGGGCGCUGGAGCUCAUCGCCACCACCAAAGAAGUGCUGCAGCAGGAACUGCAGGGGAUUCACAGCUUCAGACACUUGGCUUCUCAGCUCUGUGAGAUGGAGAGGUUGAUUGAUAAGAUGAUGGUGGCUGAUUUCUCCACGUACACUCAGAGUGAUCUCAAUCGAGCCUUUGAGGAGGACAGUCAGGUCCUGGAGAAGGAUCGCUUGCAGUCUCUGGUCUUUGGCCUGUUGAGACAGAGGAAGCUGGAUUUCCUGGACAUCUACAGCGAGGAGAUGAUCCGAGCCGCCAAGAACAUCGUUCGACAGUGUGUUGUGAAGUCUGUGUUGCAGAUCAGUGAGAUCGAUGCAGACACUGUCAAAUUACACGAGCAGAUGCGCUUGAUGACGUUUCAUCAGUGGUUUGAUCUGCUGCUGGAUAUUUUUGAACACUUCAUCCUGUUCCUCAAGAGGAUCAAGGCUACGCUCAGCGUCAUCCGCAACGUGGUGCUGGAGGUGCUAGACAGCAGCCAGAGGAGUCGGCUAGCAGACGUUUCCUCGGCAACCAAUCAUUCUGAUGGCAGGACCAAGGAGGAUGAAGAGGAGGAGGAGUCUGGAGGCCCCGCCCUUCAUUCAGGAGAGGCGGAGCUCGCGUAUCUCACUCACGAGGGGCUGUUCAUCAGCGAUGCGCUGAAUGAAGCGGAGCAGCGAAGUAACGCGACAGCACAUGCGCAGCUGAGAGCGCAGACGCACACGGAGACCUGCGGGAGCGACUCGGCCUCCGCAACCACCGAAUCUUCCUCCAGCAGGGAACACAACUCCAACACUACCUCCUCCCUGCCCAUAGGGGGCGCUGCUGUGAUUCUGGUUGUGCAGGACGGCUCUCUGGAGCGCUUGAGCUCAUCAGAGUUUGUGUGUUUGAGUCAAGCGGUGGAGUCGUUCGCCAGAGACACCGAGGAGCUGUGUGGCCGGCGCAGCAUGAGCCUAAGGGGGGCGCUGCAGAGUCAGGCCAACCGCUUCGUGCAGCGCUUCCACGAGGAGCGCAAGACUAAACUCAGUCUGCUGCUGGAUAAUGAGCGGUGGAAGCAGGCCGAGGUCCCGGCUGAGUUUCAGGAUCUGGUCGACUCCAUCGCUGAUGGACGCAUCACACUGCCUGAGCGCAGACCCACAGGGUCUGAGGACAGGAAGCCCAGUGAGUUUCUGUGCGUCGACGGGCAGAAGUACGCUGUGGUCGGGACGGUGCUGCUGCUGAUCCGGAUGUUUCUGGAGUACUGCCAGUGUGUGAAUGACAUUCCCUCCAUCACCACUGACAUCCUCACGCGCCUCGCCGACCUGCUCAAGCACUUCAAUUCUCGCAGCUGUCAGCUGGUGCUGGGGGCGGGAGCUCUGCAGGUGGUCGGCCUGAAAACCAUCACCACCAGAAACCUGGCUCUUGCGUCUCGCUGUCUUCAGCUGGUGCUUCACUACAUCCCUGUGAUCAGAGCACACUUUGAGACCAGACUGCAGCCCAGACAGUACAGCAUACUGAGACACUUCGACCACAUCACCAAGGACUAUAACGAUCACAUCGCAGAGAUCUCUGCCAAACUUGUGGCCAUCAUGGACAGUAUGUUUGAGAAGGCUCUGUCUAAGUAUGAGGUGAAGGCGCCGAUGCCGUCUGCGUGUUUGCGUAACGUGUGUAAACAGAUGGCCAAAAUGCACGAGGCCAUUUAUGAGCUGUUACCGGAGGAGCAGACGCAGAUGCUGUUCCUCAGGAUAAACGCCAGCUUUAAGCUGGAUCUGAAGAGACAGUUAGCGCGGCUGGGAGUCGUCAAUGAUGGCGGACCUCAGUAUGGGUGA